AUGGGGAGCCACUGUGGAAAAACGCGUUUCUGGAACAGAGAAAAAGGCGUGAGAGACACAGAUUUCAUUUUCCAUAUCUAUCUAUCUAUUCACAAUAUCUAUCUAUCUAUCUAUCUAUCAUUUAUUCUUAUUGUCUAUCUAUCUAUCUAUCUAUCUAUCUAUCUAUCUAUCUAUCUAUCUUAUCUAUACAUAUCUAUUUAUGUCUGUCUCAGCUUUUUCAUCUUUUCUCAGUCUGUUCAUAUCUAUCUAUCUAUCUAUCUUUGGGCACCCCUGCGUGGUGUAAUGUAUGUUCAUACCUAUCUAUCUAUCUAUCUAUCUGUCUAUCUAUCUGUCUAUCACUUCUAUUUUGACCCAACAGACAGGCCCGACAUUAUCCCACAGACGUCAGCGUAUCCGAGUCUUAGCGUCGGGCAAAAAGCGAAUAGGUCACGUGACCGACACCUGAAAAUUGAUGAUGGUCGCUCUGCGAAAAAUUAUUCCGAGAAGGAAAGCUAA